GUGCGCCCCAAAUGUACCCGGUUCUUCCACCCCUGUCAGGACCCUUUUUCGCCCGUCGAUUGCGAUUGCGAUUGCGAUUGCGAUAUCUACAAGUACACACGUACUAGUACCAUCCUUGAUUAACAAUGUCACUCGUACCAUCCCUACAAUCCUCUUUCACUAUUUUCGUUCUGCAAUCCUCUCCACCACUUCUACAUCACCCUCAGCCGUACAUUCCUCGUUGUCUUUCUUCCAAUCUAUGGCGUCAUGUCACUAACAUCUGGCUCUUACAACCUGGAGUGGCGAACUUUUCCACGCCUGUACGAUCGCUGAUCGACUGGCUCCAUCCCCGAACAAUCAGCAAUCAAUAUCUUGGGAUACUUAGACAUCUAGUAUCAUCUCAACAACGGAGCGCUCAUGCGGGUUCGACCCGAAAGCCGCCAGUGAUCAAGUAAAAGCCCUCAGGACUCUGGCCUUGCCGGGAAUAAUUUCCCGAGCGACCUUCCGCUUCCUGUGCCGCUAGACCAGCACAACAAGAUGGCAUAUUCGCACGGGUCUUCGCUUCCAACGCCUCGUACACCUUCCAUGCCGUUGUGUGGUCCGGUAGCAGAACAAAUCGAACCUUUGCCAAUUACGCCUCCAGAACUCUCCGAGGCUUUCUAUGAAGAGGCUUUUGACGCAGACUGCAGAACGAUCAAGAAGGCGCUACAUGUCCUAACAACCGAGAGGCUCGCUUUAUCGCAUCUUGAAGAACUCUAUACCAAUUCCGCCGAGAUCCAGGGGUCCCUCUUGCGGGCCAUUAGACAGAUUAUCCAUUCUGAAACUCGCCAUGGGAAGACCAUCUUUACAGGUGUCGGCAAGUCUGGCCAUAUCGCAAAGAAGCUCGUCGCCACCUUUGUUUCCCUGGGUAUCCAUGCGGUAUUCCUACACCCUAUCGAGGCCUUACAUGGAGACCUAGGGGUUGUUCGCCCCAAUGAUACUAUUAUCAUGGUCACAUUUUCUGGAAAGACGCCUGAACUCAUCUCUCUUCUUCCACACAUCGAAUCGUCGAUACCCCUGAUCGUCAUGUCUGGACAUUUGAACGAAGGCUCAUGCCUACUACUCUCGAAUCCUGCAAGAGCAGGUUCCAAGAACAUUCUGAUACCAACUAUUAUCCACGAGUCUGAGAUGACGUCGUUCGGCGUGUCGGCACCAACGACAUCGACAACGAUCACGCUGGCAAUUGGCGAUAGUCUCGCACUUGCAGUUGCCGACGAGUUGCAUUCCGCAGCUGGACAGCAGACACCUGCCAUAUUUGCGGCCAAUCAUCCUGGAGGUGCCAUAGGCGCAGCACUCAAGCCGACAGUCCCAUCCGAGCCACGAAUGUCUGAUCUGGCGACGACAGUCUCUCAAAUCCCCAUAGCAACCCCACGUCCAGGACAACCGCUCCUGUGCUUCGAUGUGCUUCUGGCUGCUGUGCGGUCAUCAAAAGGAUUUGUUCGGACUUCCUUGCACCAUAUGAUCGGCCCUCGAAGGAUACAGAGUCUCCAAAUCCCCGAACUGCCCGUUGCAGACUUGGAGGAUCAGUUUGGGAGAGUGGUUGUUGAAAAGACUGACUGGAUAUCCGUGCUCGCCAAUACGACCUUGGACGAGUGCAGACGUUGGAUCCACCAGAUGCGCGAUGAGGGUUCUGGACGUGGUAAAGAAUUCCUGAGGAGGGGGACCCUGCUUGGGAUCGUCGACCAGAGCAACGAAGUGACUGGGAUUGUCGAAAUAGAGGAGUUGAUGGGCGAGGAUUUUUGAAUGAUUUAUGCAUUCAUUGCAUUCAUAUUUGGCAGCGUUCUCAUGGUAUAGACAGGCUAGAGGUUCGGCUUUCCCUCGCUUGUUUGUGGAGUUGCAUUUCCGGUGUUAAUGACAUGACGAAUCUCAUGCAUACCAGUCAUCUUCAUCGGCACCCUCAUCUUCGUCGGCUUCGUCGGCUUCAUCAGGCCGUGUUUCUUGCUCUAAGCUGCCAGCUGUUGUGCUAGGUUGUCCUUUUCCUGGAUCCGUGCUUGCUUGCGCGGCAUGUCUCAAGGCGUCCCUCUUCUCUCGUAGUUUCCGUACUCGCUCCUCCAUCUCC